CUUAUAUAUUUCGGCGUAUUCCCCCAUCCCACUUGCAUUUGUUCUUUGUUAACUCCUCAAAUACCAAUAAGUAAAGGAAAGAGAGAAAGAUAGCCACCAUUUUCGACAGCCGCUGGAAACCACUGCCUGAAUCAGGAACCGAGAAGGGAAGGAAAAGAUUGCAUUCAAAAUCAACUUUAUGAGUAUGGCAAGAAUAGUUUCUUCUCUACUUUUCACGCUCUGCAUAGUCGUAUCUCUACUACUUUCCCACGCAUCGGCUAACUCAGAGCUGGAGGAGGCCGGCUGGCUUAUGCCGAUGAUGAGAUCCGGUUGCAAAGGAACGAUUGCCGAGUGUCUAUCCGACAUAGAUGAAGAAUUCGAUCUGGAUUCCGAGUCCAACCGGCGCGUCCUAGCCAUUCGCCGCCGCUACAUCAGCUACGGUGCGCUCCGGAGGAACAAUGUCCCCUGCUCCCGCCGCGGAGCCUCCUACUACAACUGCCGUCCUGGCGCUCGGGCCAACCCCUACACCCGUGGCUGCUCCGCCAUCACUCGGUGCAGGAGUUAAAAUUCCUUCAAACUACUGCUAUGUUUAUUAAAUUGCAAAAAGAAAUUAUCAUUUUUUAACUCUCUCUUUUUCGAGAUUGGGUGUUUGGUAUACAAGAAAAUGGAGAUUUAGGGGGUUUGUUAAUGGUGAAUUAUCGUUGUUAUUAUUAUUUCCAUGUUGUCUUAUGCACAAUUCAAUUUUUGUAA